AUGACAACUGGCAGAGAAACCUUGUUUUUUGUUAAUUUUGCUGCCGCAACAUCAUAUUCUAUCACUUCAUUUCCAGUCAUAGUUACCCUUCUUACUGACUUGAAACUUCUAAACUCUGAACUCGGCCGAUUGGGACUAUCGACCGCACAAGUCAGUGAUGUUUUCAGCCUUUUUCUGAUCUUUUUUUUGUCCGUGCUGAAAGUAAUGAGCCAAGAAAUGUACAGCAGGGAAAACGUUUUUAUAAUUGCAGGCUUCAUUGUUUUUGUUGCCGGUAUUCUUAAGCCAGCACUGCAUUCGCUGGUGAAAAAGCUCCGCAAUGGCAUGCCUCUGAAGGAUGUAUACAUUUAUCUCAUCAUGUCGUUGUUCCUCGGGUCUGUGUUCCUUUCACAUUAUUAUGGACAGUCUGCUAUCUUUGCUCCUUAUAUUAUUGGUCUAGCUGUUCCCUCUGGGCCUCCUUUGGGGUCUGCUUUAGUGGAGAAAUUCGAAGUGGUUUCCGGAUUGUUCCUUCCACUCUUUGUUACGACCUGUGGCAUGAGGUUGGAUCUCUUAGAAACUAAAUACACUGCAGAGAUAUCAAUACCCGCUGCUGUUUCGAUUGUUGUAAUUACCUUAUCCAAAUUCUUGGUAUGUUUCGUGUCACACUCGUACUUCUGGGAAUUGCCAAAAAGUAAUGCUGCUGCUUUUGCUCUCGUAAUGUGUUCCAGAGGAGUGGUUGAGCUGGCCUUUUACACUUUCCUGAGUGAUCAGGAGAUUGUAAAGGAUGAAUCAUUUGUAUUCAUGAUUUUCAUGGUCGUUCUCUUCAGUGGCCUUAUACCAUUUUUUGUUACAUGUCUCUACAAUCCGACAAAGAGUUACGCAGGACACCAUAUAAGAAGCCUUGCGCAUUCAGAUUCCGAUUCAGAGCUGCAAAUCAUUUCUUGUAUCCAUGCACCAGGGGAUGUGACGGCAGUAAUCAGACUUCUUGAUGCCUCAUGUGGUGGAGAUAGCCCCAUAGCAGUUACCGUCCUUCACCACAUGAAGCUUGUUGCGCAAUCCACGCCAAUCUUCAUUUCCCACAGAAAAGAAAGGCUAAUACUAUGUGAAUACAUAUACUCCGUCAAUGUCAUCAAUUUGUUUAAUGAAUUCGAGCAAAACACUCGUGGAUCCGUUUCAGUAAAUGCUGUCACCGCAGUCUCUCCGCCAACGUCGAUGCAUGGUGAUAUUUGCUCAGUAGCAGUGGACAAGCUAGCAUCUCUUAUAAUAAUCCCAUUUCAUAUCAGAUGGUGGAAACAAGAUGGGACCAUUGAAUCAGAGGAUCAUGCCCUAAGGGAAUUGAAUUGCAGGGUCCUUGAGAGUGCACCAUGCUCUGUAGCUAUCCUUGUCGAUCGAUGCAAUAAUAUUCCAAGGAAGCCUGUCAGCAAAGAUGAUGAAUUAUCAUUGACAUAUGAUGUUGCUAUGAUCUUCUUGGGAGGCAAUGAUGACAGGGAAGCAUUAACUUUUGCUAUACGCAUGGCAGAAGACACCAGGGUGAGGUUGUCUGUGGUGCAUCUCAUAGCCCCAAAUAAUGGUGUUAGUGGUGGUAAUGAAGGUGUCAACAUUAACUGUCAAGACUUUGAAUCAACUCAUGAUUAUAUGGCUAUGAGGGAUAUUAAGGAAAGAGAAUACAUAGCAUAUAGAGAGGUGAUAGCAGAAGAUGCAGCUGCAACUGCUUCAAUUGUAAGAUCCAUCAUGGAUGAACAUGAGCUAAUAGUAGUUGGAAGAAGAAACAUGGAAGAUGACAUUCCUCAAACAGCUGGUUUAAAAGAAUGGUGUGAGCACCCAGAGCUGGGGGUUUUGGGUGACCUCAUUUUAUCGAACGAGACCAAGAACUUGGUCCUGUCGUGGGUGCGAUUGGCGGCGUGUGGAGGGGCUGUCAUUUUGAGGCAGUAUGACACCAUGAGUGAAGGAAGUCAAGAAUUUGUCAUGGUGGUCUGUUGUGGUUGCUGGAGACGACGAUUUGCUAUUGGUUGUGCAUAUGCAGAUUGGAAGAGACGAUUGGUUGUUGUCUUCUACGGGGAUCUGUCAAGUUGA